GAUGGGGAUGAUGACGAUGAGGACUGGGCAGAGGAGACCACCGAGGAGGCCCAGCGCCGGCGUAUGGAGGAGAUCAGCGAGCACGCCAAGAACCUCACCCUCAGCGAGGACCUGGAGAAGACCCUGGAGGAGCGGGUCAACAUGUUCUACAACUUCGUCAAGCAAAAGAAGGAGGAGGGAGUGAUCGACUCUGCCGAUAAGGACAUCCUGGCUGAGGCGGAGCGGCUGGACGUCAAGGCCAUGGGCCCCCUCAUCCUCAGCGAGCUGCUCUUCGACCAGAACAUCCGUGAGCAAAUCAAGAAGUACAAGCGCCACUUCCUCCGUUUCUGCCACAACAACAAGAAGGCCCAGAAGUACCUGCUGGGUGGCUUUGAGUGUCUGGUGAAACUCUACCAGAUCCAGCUGCUCCCCACGCCGUCCCCCAUCAUCAUCCUCAAGGACCUGUACGACGCAGACAUGCUCGAGGAGGAUGUCAUCCUCGCCUGGGCCGAGAAGGUGUCCAAGAAGUACGUCUCUAAGGAGCUGGCAAAGGAGAUCCACUCCAAGGCCGAGCCCUUCGUCAAGUGGCUGAAGGAGGCCGAGGAGGAGAGCGAGGGCAGCGAGGAAGAGGAGGAGGAAGAUGAGGACAACGUGGAGGUUGUCUAUUCCUCCUCGGCUCGCGAACUUAAAAUGGAGACUGUGACACCAGUGAAGCAGGAGAAAGAGGAGGAUGACAUUGAUAUCGAUGCCAUUUAAGAAACACACACAAACACACAUACUCAUAAAAGAAAAACAGGAAAAAAAAGCAAAAAAGAUGCCUCUAAAUUCUCUAUGAAGCUUCUGACUGUCACAGAGAAGUCAGGCGCAUGCCUUUGAUUCGUCUCUGCUCGAUCAAACGCCGCUCCUCGUUGCAAUCAUGAUGUAGCGCUUGCGAAAGGCUUCUUUAAUUUUUAGCAUCACCUCCUCCCCAUCCCAUCUCUCCGCUCCUCAAACCUGCCCUAGCCCUACUGAUUGACUUGAGCUGUUCUGCUGUUCAAUUUGUAGGUGUGAAAUAUGCUAGAAACUACAGCACUAAAUGCACAUGUAUUUUUAUUUUCUUUUUUCUUCUCUUGUGUUACUUUUGAACUAUUAAAGAAUGUUUGACAUUAAGUGUAAAA